AUGGACCUGAACCUAGGCUCAAAACUGGAAAUGGAGAUAGAGGCCGAGGCCGUGCCGCAGUUGGAGCCGUGUCUGGCACCCGUGCUCAUGCCUGAGGUCGACCUGGAUGCUGACCUAGAGGCCUGCAAUGAAGUCCUUGAGCAACACAGGUACAGGAUAGAGUCCCUCCACCCCGACACAGAGGAGGAGCAGGGACUAGCACAGUGCAAUGCCAGCCUGUGGAGUGCGAGGUCGAACUCCAGCUACCCGAGUUCCUUAGAAGAGGAACAGGUGUCCACCACCCAUCGCUCCAUCCACCUGCAGACCUCCAAGCACCUCUUCUGGGCAGACAAGCUCAUCCAGACCUCAGAUCAAAGCCUGCAACAGGAGCUCAGCAUGCAGCCUGGCAAGGAGAGCACAGAUAAGACUAACAGCCACCUGAACCAGGAACCCGUCCUUAAGAUCACCGUGUGCUCCAAGAAGCAGCUCCAGAACUCCAACACCCAGCCAGCAGGCUCCCAGCAGCCACCAAGUGCCCACUUGUCCUCCUCCAGUCUCCCACAACGUAUCAGCCUGGCAGAUGUGAUCAGGUUAGCAACUUCUGUGGCCAUGGCCGCCUCCAACACAACGAUCUUGUCCAAUUGGGAGUAUAUGAUGAAAGCCCCACCCCAGAAGGCUGGGGAGACUUUUGCAGCACCCACAGUGGAGAGUGCCACCCAGCCUGCCGAGGACAAGCCAGAGCAGCAAACGCCCUCUGAUUUGCUAGAUAGGCCACCAGAGAAACCACUGGACACCCAGGAACUGCAGAAAGCUUGGAAACAGGAAGACAAGAACUUCCGUCACCUUGCCUUUAGCAAGGCAGGGCUCCAGGGGAUCACUGUUGAAGGGCAAGUGAAGUUGUUCCAGUCCCCAGCUGUGUCCCUUCCACCGAAAGAAGGCAGAAAAGACUUGGUGCCAGUGCCAGGAACCAAGAAAGGGAGUCCAUUAUUGCUGAAAAUCCAUUUUAAGCUGUCAUCGCCCCCCACCUUUCCCAGAGAAGUAACUAGACAAAACCAAUAAAGCCUCCGGUACUAGCCCCCGGCUCAGACUUUUUGUGCAGACGCUCCUGGGCCAGUGAGCUCACCUGGCU